CGAUGGCUGUGGUGGCGGUGUGUGAGUGCCAGCACACAUCGGCGAAAAUUUCAUCCAAGUGCAGUGGUGUCGCGGUUGGCGCUGCAUCGUUAUUGUUCAACCAGCGCUCUGGCCAUCAGCACUUCGGCACGGUUGGUGGUGCUUUCUUUCCCGAGUGUGUGUGGUGCGUGACAUCCAUUUAUUCUGAGUGACGAGUGCGUGUGGAAAUCGUGCAGCGUUGUUUUUGAUGGAAAACUGUUACUUCUUAGGCACUUCUGUCAUCGGUUCCAGCGUACAAGCUAUUUAUUUCAGAACAUUGUAUAUUUUUACAUCGUUUCGGAUUGGAACAAUUGGUAGUACAAUAAAUCUAUAAAUCUUAUAUCGACACGAUACAAGCCAUGAUACAAAACAGUGCCUACGGGAAUCCGAUGCUGGAUGGAGCGUCGGCAUUUCCUGAUAUCUACAUCCAACAUCAAUCUGCAGAUAAGCCGGAAGGGCCACCUCCGAGCAAUAACAAUAUUGCAAACUACACCAACCGAAACAGUGGCUACCCUUACCAGACGUGCGUUGCAUCAGCACCGGCUCCACUCGUUGCACGUGAAAGCUGUGUUCGAGCCGAGUUCGUAAAAGAUACACAGGAUUUGGCUGUGGGAUUCCGGCAACUUUCGCACAAUGUCCCAAUCAAGACUGAGCAUUGCAUAGCAAACAACGUGGCCACCAACGAGACUGGCGGAGAAUUGGGCAUUACUACAGCUAGGCCGAAGGCUUCGGAGCAAAUGCUUCAGACUGUCGACCAAAAGCCUUACGAAUCGUUUACGCAGCAGAGCAUCGCGUACGUACAAACGCCGGCCGCUGCUGGUGAGGAGCGAGAGCGCGAAGAGGAGCAGGACGUUGGCGCCAAAGCAUCGCCCAAGAAGGAGCAACGCCGUCCAAUGAAUGCGUUCCUGAUCUUCUGCAAACGGCAUCGAACGAUGCUGAAGAAUCGUUUUCCGGAAGAGAAUCGGGCCAUCUCGAUCAAACUUGGCAAAUGGUGGCGGAUGCUUACUACGGAGCAGAAGAAACCAUUCCAGCUACUGUCGAAGGAGUACAAAAACAAGUAUUUAUCGCUCAAUCCGAACUUUCGGUGGUGCAAGCAACCAAUGGUUCCAGCAACACCAUCUACACCAUCACCAUUAGUCACCUUGGCACCGAAUGCUACCAAUGUACUAUCCUUAGCGGCGGUCCGACCUGAACCAUCCUUCGUGCAGGACAACCGAGAGAGUCUGGAGGCAGCCGAAAGCUUAGUCCAGCUAGCUCAGGGCAAACCCCUGCUGAGCGUGUUUCGGCUGGCAGACGAGUCCAAUAUGGGAAGUCUGAAUGAGCUGUGUGUUGGUCCGAAUGUCGGAUCCAGAGCAGAUAACAAAGAACCCACAUGGAAGCCACCGAAAGCAACGCAAACAGUCGGCAGAGAAUUGCCUGCACCACCGACCCCGUCCAUCAGCGGUAAUGCCUUAACAGAGCCAAUCGCUGCCGAAGGACGCAGCUCACCGCGUGCUACACGUUCCUGUAAGGGUAAAAAGUACCAAGAACUGAUGAGCCGGAUGUAUCCGAAUGCACAUGCACCGCAGACGAAGCGUUCUCCUGGUGCAAGAAUGCAAAAGGAUAACCAAAAAUUGCCGAAAACGGCUACAGUUGCUGCUGGUGGUGAUGAUCAAACCGGUUUCCUGUAUAGCAACACAGCCAUGCCAGAACUGGAUCCGCUCGCCAUAGACGCACUGAUGAUGGAGCUAGAUUCAAAAAUAUCCGAUUUGCCUGCGAUGAAUGUGGGCGAUUUUUGCAUCCUGUUAAACAGCGAAAAGAAGCGCAAGAAAUCGUUCACAAAAUUGCCGAAACAGAAGCUGUUCCUUAAUAGAGAGGAGCAGCCAUCGACAGUUGCUUCGGUAACAGCUAGUGGAGUAGCGCUACAGUCCUGUAAUUCCAUGAACGGAGUGGCUCCACCGAUCGCUACAAUAACGCAACCGGCCACUAACGGAGUGGAUGACUCUGUAAGGCCUGUAGUUCAUCCUGGUCCUCCGAAAAUCGUCGGUUGUCGCAAACGAAAAGCACCUAAGGAAUGCAUUACCCGUAAUCCUCGCCCGUCGGUGGUCGAACGAGAGGUCGGGUGUGGGCUUGAUCCCAGAAAGGAUGACACCACCUGCCACGACCGUACCUGUCAGGCAUAGAACAAGCUUCGGACGUUCCAUUAAGGAUCAGUUGGCGAACACACGCCAAGCAUUGAUCUCAUAACAGAAGCUCCUCUUAUCAUCACCUUGCCCCGUCCCCUCCACCGCACUCUCUCCUUUUGCCCUACACACCGGAUAUAUUAAAAAAAAACUAUAUUUUUCUUAACGUUAA